AUGCCUGCCCCUUCACAAACCCUCGUCAACCCUAACGACCCGACCUCUUUGAGCUCGCUGGGAUACAACUUCAAUGGCCCGGCCCCAUCAAGUCUUCCCCCAUGCCCGGGCCCUCCCCCAAACAGGCCUCUUCCUCCCACGCCUAGCAAAUAG